GUGGGCUUGAUCUCGACCUGCUGCUCCUGGUCGCCCGUCCAGCCAGCAUGCCACCCAAGAAGCCCUCCAAGGCCGCACAGCGAAGCGACAACUCCCUGAUCACCUCUUUCUUCAAGGGCCGGAACAUGGCUGCCGGAUUCCAUCCGGUGCCUCCCCCAAAUCGCCGUGCUGAGAGGGUUCAGACAACAGCCCAGACAACAGCCCCGACCACACAGGCAGCAACAGCACAAGCAGCAACAGCGACCGAUCCCGGACAGACCCGUCCUCAUCGAUCGCUUACAACAGAGCCUGUCAGAGUUGGCCUCAGCAUGACGGGGCUGGACAUACCCGCUCGCCCACGGAGGAUCCACAGUCCCAGUGAUCUCGUCGAGACCCUCAGCAGAGUGUUCAAGCUCGAGCGAUUUCGUGGCAAUCAGGAAGAGAUCAUCAAGGCAACGCUCGAGGGAAAGGACUGCUUUGUGCUCAUGCCCACCGGCGGAGGCAAGUCGCUUACGUACCAGCUUCCCGCUGUACUCAGCGACGGUGUCAGCAUUGUUGUCUCGCCGUUACUUGCCCUGAUUCAAAAUCAAGUCGGCGCACUGGUGGACCUCAACAUCCACGCAGCCACGCUCAACUCGACCAUAAAACAGAAGGACAAGAACAUUAUCUUGAAGGAGCUUUCAUCAAAGCAGCCGUCAAUCAAACUGCUCUAUGUGACUCCCGAGUUGAUGGCCACUGAGAACUUCCGAGGCAUCCUGAAGCGACUCCACCAGGGAGGCAUGCUUGCGCGAUUGGUCGUAGACGAGGCCCACUGUAUCAGCGAGUGGGGUCACGACUUUCGCGACGAUUAUCGCAAGCUAUCGUACUUCAAGAAUACGUUCUCCGAUGUUCCCGUCAUGGCCUUGACGGCUACAGCCACAGCUAGCGUUCGAAGGGACAUUGUGCGGCAGCUUGCUUUGGCGCCAGAUCACCUCGUUUUCGUCUCGUCUUUCAAUCGGAUAAACCUAUACUACGAGGUGCGCUUCAAGGAUCAAGAUAACGAUCCAUAUACUGAUGUUCACAAGUUCCUCAAGGCCGUGUACGAGAAUCGACGACGGAGGCUGCAGCAAGUCUCACGCAACGAGCGGGUCGAUGGUGUCUGUGGCAUCAUAUACUGCAGCACCCGGAAGAUGUGCGACGAGGUCGCUGAGCGGCUGCGAGACGACUCCAUUCGCGCGCAGUCCUAUCACGCCGGUUUGUCGCCGAGUGUGCGAAAGCAGAUACUCGAAGCAUGGACAAAGACUAGCUCCAGGAUCCCGCUGAUGCAGCCACCGCCACCGACGCUCGCCUUUACAUCCCAAAAUCAUCCAAAUCCUGUCGAUCUUUCGGCGGUAGAAGGAGCUGCCUCAAAUGAGGGCGAGGCAGGCUCCUCUGAUGCCAUUCCCGAGAUUGUCGAUAUCGUGGUUGCGACGAUCAGCUUUGGCAUGGGUAUCGACAAGAGCGAUGUCCGCUUUGUCAUUCACUGGGACAUGCCCAAGUCGCUCGAAAGCUACUACCAGGAAUCUGGGCGGGCCGGUCGAGACGGCAAGGCGAGUCGAUGUAUCCUAUACUACUCGCACCAAGAUCGCGACCGCAUCAGCUAUCUGAUCCAGACCGAGUCACAGGCUGUGGACUCAGCAACCAAGAGUGACAGAACGCUGCGGGCCAAGCAAGUUGAAAACUCGAUGGAGUCAUUCAAGAAGGUGAUUGAGUUCUGCGAGAACACCAAGCUGUGUCGACAUGUUUUUAUCUGUCGGUACUUUGGCGAGUCGCUCUCCGAAAGCCCGACCCAGAAGGAUCUCGAUAUUGUCUGUCCAAACAAGCGCUGCGAUGUUUGCAAGGAUCCCGCGGCCCUUGAGAAAGCCAAGAAGACGAUCCUGGAGCGGCGAAGCCAGGACGAGGACCGCUAUUCUCACAGGGAGCGCACAGAGAGCUCGAUCCGAUUUGUAGACGGCAGUCGCGCACUUCGUGCGAGCGAGCCCGUGGCGCCUCACCGCCGCGAGAUCUCGAUGGUCGAUGAUGAUGUCGAGUGCACCGGCGGCGAUGCUGGGUAUGGGCGACCGAUCAAGCGACAGCGUCAACAGCCCUAUGUCCAGGACGAUAUCGUUGAUAGCGAUGACGACAGCAGCGCUUCUCGCGGAUCGUCGCGCAACUUCAUCAACUCUCUUGGGGGAUUCAGGACAGCGGCUGGCAACCGGAUCAACGGUUUUUGCAGCAGUAGCACAUUGCUGUCAGCGGCUGGGAAGCGCACUCAGGUUUCUUUGUCUGAGAACAACCGCGAAACUGUGUCCGAGUCGCCGGAGCCGAUGGUGUCCAGCUUUCCCAUCAUUUUCCGUAUGGGACACACGAUCCCGAACCUGAAGACCAGCGAGCGCGAGCAAAAGUACCAGUUCAUUUUGAAGACCCUCGAGACACACGCACCAGCAGAGAACAACCAGUGCUCCUGGUGGAAUGAUGUCGCCUGGAGUCCGCAUCUGACAACGGCACACAGGAGAGAGUUUCAUCAAAGGACUGCGAUUCAGAUUGAAGGCCGGUCCUUCCUCAACGCCAAGAACAAAAACGUCUAUACCAACUAUAUCGUACAACGGCUGAAGGAGCUGCGAGCCGGAACCACAGCCUCCACGGUGCCGCCGACGGUGCUGAGCGGGAUAUUGUCUGAUGUGUGCAAAUCGCUUUCGAUAUGAGUCGACGCCGAAAGAGCGGGCCAAUAUCAUCAACAGUCGUCUGAUCGCGCAUCCGCGAAGAUGAAUGGUCAUGCGGGUGGCUGGAUGUGCAUAUGUGUAUUCAGAGUCCAGAGAGAUAGCCACCGGCUAUAGAGGCAAGGCGACCCGUAUCAUCAGGCGAAGAAAAGUUAGCAUUAUGAUCAGUAAUG